UUUAAUUAUACUUUAAGCAACUUGACUUAAAAAAUAAUCGACCCUGAAUCAAAAAAUGUAUAAAAGAAGUGGAAGUAGUCUCCAUAGAGUCAUUAAUUCACUAUCUUUUUUUAGAACCAGAACAAAUAGGGUGGCGAACAGAAAAGUCAAUACCUUCUGGAAAGAUCUUACUGGUUUUUGGAGGAAUUUACUCGAGACAAGAUUCAGCACAUCACUGCAGAGACAGAGAGACACGAGACGAGAGGGAAGGGACAACACAGGGAGGGAAAGGAAGGAAAGUGGUCGGACAUGACAGCAGGAAGGAGAUGAGGGUGUGUUCGUAGGCAAGGGGCGCCGCGGAGGGGCGGAGCGGUUCUCUCUACCGGGCGGUGUCAGCUGAAGAAAACGGGACAGAGGAGCAGAGAGAGGCCAACAUAGGGAUUCAUUUACCCGGGUGAUUGUACUGAAUUGGACCAGCGGACUUCAGGUGUCAGCAUGUCAGGAAACGUCAGCGCUGAGGAGAUGGAGGAGAUCAAGGAGGGCUUCCAGAAAGUGGAUGUGGAUGGUAAUGGGUACAUCUGCGCCUCCGAGCUUGGGGAACUCUUCCGGGAGGUGGGCAGCUCUCUGCCUGGAUACCAGAUCAGAGAACUGCUUCAGAAGCUCGACCGAGACAACGACAGCCGCAUCAACCUCGAAGAGUUCACGGCUAUUUUUGGGGAUUUGAAGGACGACCGCAUGGCCAUGGGUUUCAGGAAAGCUCUGAACAAGAAAGAAGGCAUCCUGGCCAUCGGGGGCACCAGCGAGAUCUCUAGUGAAGGAACUCAGCACUCAAUCUCUGAGCAGGAACGCUACGCCUUCGCCAACUACAUCAACUCUUCUCUGGCGGAAGAUCCUGACUGUAACCACGUCCUGCCCAUCAACCCAGAGACUGAAGCUCUGUUCAAAGCAGUGUCAGAUGGCGUCAUACUCUGUAAACUCAUCAACCUCUCUGUUGCUGACACCAUUGAUGAGAGAACCAUCAACAAGAAGAAACUCACAGCUUUCACCACACAGGAGAAUCUGAACCUGGCUUUGAAUUCCGCCUCGGCCAUCGGCUGCCAAGUAGUGAACAUCGGAGCUCAGGAUCUGAAGGAGGGGAAACCUCACCUGGUGCUCGGACUGCUCUGGCAGAUUAUCAAGAUCGGACUGUUCGCUGAUAUAGAGCUGAGCCGCAACGAAGCGAUAGCGGCGCUGUUGGAGGAAGGGGAGAGUCUGGAGGACUUGAUGAAGCUCAGUCCUGAGGAGCUGCUGCUGCGCUGGGCCAACUUCCACCUAAAGAAAGUCGGAAUGUCCAUAUCCAACUUUUCCGGAGAUAUUAAGGACUCCAAGGCGUACUUCCACCUGCUCGAGCAGAUUGCUCCAGACGGCACCCAAGAGGACGUUCCACGGAUUGAGAUCGACAUGAGUGGUGUUUAUGAGAAGGACCUCAGUAAGAGAGCGGAGUGUAUGCUGAAACAGGCCGACCGCCUCGGCUGCAGACAGUUUGUGACGGCAACUGAUGUCGUGAGCGGGAACUCAAAGCUCAACAUGGCCUUCGUAGCCACGCUCUUCAACAAACACCCGGCUCUCACCAAACCAGAGAACCAGGAAUGGAAUCUGGAGGGUGAGACCAGAGAGGAGAGAACCUUCAGGAACUGGAUGAACUCUCUGGGAGUGAAUCCUCAUGUCCACCAUAUCUACGGGGAUCUGAUGGAUGCCAUGGUGAUCCUCCAGCUUUAUGAAAGGAUUAAGGUGCCAGUGGAUUGGGACAGAGUCAACUUGCCUCCAUUCAAGGGAGUAGGAGGAGGACAUUUAAAGAAGAGGGAAAACUGUGCCUAUGCUGUGGAGCUGGGAAAGACGAAGGCUGGUUUCUCUCUGGUGGGAAUUGGAGGACAGGACCUGUACGAUGGCAAUCCAACUCUCACUCUGGCUCUGGUGUGGCAGCUGAUGAGGAGGUACACGUUAAAUGUUCUGGAGGACCUGGGAGAAGGAGAAGUAGCGGGAGAUGAGUUGAUCAUUUCAUGGGUCAACAAGACGCUGGCUGAGGCCGGCAAGAGUUCCUCUAUCAAAAGCUUUAGGGAUAAAUCCAUUGGUACCAGCAUGCCGGUUCUGGAACUGAUCGAUGCCAUCCAGCCGUCCAGUGUGAACUUUGAACUGGUUCAAACAGGAACUCUGUCAGAGGAAGACCAACUCAACAACGCCAAGUAUGCCGUUUCCAUGGCGAGGAAGAUUGGAGCUAAAGUGUACGCCCUGCCUGACGACCUGGUGGAGAUCAACCAGAAAAUGGUGAUGACCAUCUUCGCCUGCCUGAUGGGGCGAGGCAUGAAGAGGGCUUAAACCACACACACACACACACACACACACACACACACACACACACACACACACACACACACACACACACACACACACACACACACACACACACACACACACACACACACACACACACACACACACACACACACACACACACACACACACACACACACACACACACACACACACACACACACACACACACACACACACACACACACACACACACACACACACACACACACACACACACACACACACACACACACACAUUUUGCUUGUGUGACUGGAUUAGACAUGAAGAGAUGAGUUGUGUUGUUUAGUUUUUUAAAGCGGUUAUUCUGCAUUAAGCCAAAAUAGAAGUAUCACUUUAGUCGUCUUUUGUGAAUUCCGUUGUCAAUAAUCAAUAAUGACACCUGUGUAUGUUGACACAAACAAUAAUGAUCAUGUUUGGGCUCCAAAGGACUUUCAAUUUUCAAAAUGGUUGCGGAAUUUUGCAGAAAGGUGAGACUUCUAUAACAGCUACCUGGUAAAUAUGAGUUUUUUAUGAAUCUCAGUUUUGCUUUAACUGAUUAGUAGUGCCACAUUAAAGGAGUACUGCUCAUAGUUAUGAACAUAAUUGUGAAUGUGUUUGUCUAGACUGGGUCUGCCCAGUGCAUUCUGGGAGGGACUCCUGCCCCGCUAUGACUCUGUUGAGGGGUAAUUCUGUCCAUGAAAUAAAUGAAUACAUUAAGGUUUUUUUUGUUAUGCAAAGGCAGUGUCACAUGGGGAUUUUAAGACAAUAAUCACUUAGACCUCGCAGCCCUGUACAUUAUUUUAUUUGUUUCUCCUAUUAAUGUUAUUUCUUAAACUGUACUGACAGGACUAACAUUUCCCCGGCUGCAUUGCCUUUAAUCUCCCCAUGUGUCACACCUCAUGAUCGUCCUGCUGUAUCUCCAAAUGUGCCAGCCAAACCACCAAAUGAGCAUUAAAUGAACCUAAGCCAUAAAAUGAUAUUCCUUACUGAAUACCUUUUGGCCUUUUUUGUAUACUCCCAAAGCUGUGCAGGAUAAUAUGAAGUGCAAUGUUUUCACACUGGAAGAUCUUUAACUCAGUAUAUUAUGAAACAACAAAUCCGGGGGUAUUAAAUUGUUUAAAAAAAUGCAUAAGAACCCUUAAAAUUGCAUUAUUUGCACCUUUAAAAUUCCCUUAAAACACAACCCUAAAACAGUUGAUUUGAUAAUUAGUGAGAAUUUAUUUUCUACAUUGUGGACAUUGCAUUUCUAACUUGUCAAAGCUGCUACUGCUAAAUAUGAACUCAAUACAAGACAUUAUAACAGAAGAGAACAUCUACAUUUCCAUGAGCUGUUAAAACUGGUCCAUGUUUAAAAUGUCAGGGAACAUGUGUUUGUUGCUGACAAAUAUUGUUGUCCUAAUGUCGCGGGUCCAUUUGUGGAUAUGUUAAAAAGUGAUCCAGGUUUGAUGCUGCUGAUGUUCACAUUCCACUUUUGUUCAGUUUUUUCUUGUAUACAUUUUCGAUUGGCCCUCUGGAAAGCCACUGUUGGCAUAAAUGUUGCUUCACAUGAUAGCAAUACUUUUAAUACUCAGUGUGUUUGAACAUCUCGAUUAUGUUCAAUAAAAUAAUUGUUCCAUACA